CAUCCUGCCAAGUGUGGCUAGCAAGCUCUGCAGCCAGCAUACAAAAGCGGAAAGUAAACAAUUAGAAAGAAAAUGGUAAAACAGACGAUUCAGAUAUAUGCUCGUAUAAAACCCACCAAGAAAAAUGCGGCGGUGUACUCUGUCAACAAUGAGCAGCCGCCAAGUGGCGCUCUGGAAUUAGUGGUGCCCAAGGACAUGGCCGAUGGCUUUGUUAACAACAAGCGAGAGUGCUUCGACUUCAGGUUCCAAAAAGUGUUUGAUCAAGCAAGCAAACAAGAGGAGAUUUUUGAACACAUCGCAAAACCAGUAGCAGACAGUGUAUUGUCCGGCUACAAUGGCACCAUCUUUGCCUACGGUCAAACGGGCAGUGGGAAGACAUUCACCAUCACAGGAGGAGCAGAGCGCUACAGUGAUCGUGGCAUUAUUCCCCGCACGCUUUCAUACCUGUAUGAGUGUUUCACUCAGGACAGCAGUACCAUGUAUAGUACGCACGUAUCGUACCUGGAGAUUUACAAUGAAAUGGGUUAUGACCUCCUGGAUUCCAGACAUGAAGCAUCUCGACUGGAGGACCUACCAAAAGUCAUGAUCAUGGAAGAUACUGAGCAGAACAUCCAUCUCAGGAACCUGUCAUUGCAGCAGUCUGCAAAUGAAGAGGAGGCUCUCAAUCUGUUGUUCUUGGGCGACACCAAUCGAAUGAUUGCAGAAACCCCCAUGAACCAGGCCUCUACACGGUCCCACUGUAUUUUUACCGUGCACUUGUGUCGGCGCGAGCCAGGCUCUGCCACUCUCCGGCGCUCCAAGCUCCACCUGGUCGACCUGGCCGGGUCGGAUCGCGCCAGCAAGACCGGCCUAAAUGGCCAGUUGCUCACGGAGGCCAAAUACAUCAACCUCUCCCUCCAUUACUUAGAACAGGUUAUCAUUGCCUUGUCAGAGAGGAAUCGCUGCCAUAUUCCAUACAGGAACUCGAUGCUGACCUCGGUGCUGAGGGAUAGCCUCGGAGGCAACUGCAAGACCACUAUGAUUGCUACUCUGGCAAUUGACCAAAGGAACCUAUACGAGUCGAUCUCGACGUGUCGCUUUGCCCAGCGCGUGGCUAUCAUCAAGAAUGAGGCAAUGUUGAAUGAAGAACUUGAUCCUGCCUUGUUGAUUGCACGCCUGAAGCAGGAAGUUCAGUGUCUGAAGGAGGAGCUGACCAUGCUGACGGGAGAAGAGAGAGAUGACCAGCUAACUGUCGAGGAGAUGAACAAGUUGGAAGAGUCAGUCAAGGCCUUUGUAGAUGAUCCUGAUCCGGGCGUGACAAUGACUUUGGGACCAGACAUGAGAAAAAUCCAUCACUGCUUUCGUCUGCUUAAGACAAUGAUUCUUGGCAAUAGAAGUGGAAAGUGCAGUAACCAUGAUAUACAGGAGACAGCAGCAGCAGCAGCCAUACCAGAGGAAAAAGAUAUUCACGAGCACCAGACUACAGAGGACGUUAACAAACUAAAGGAAUUGCUGCAGCAGCGUGAUCAUGAAAUCAGUGUCCUGGUCAAGAUUUUGAAGAAGGAAAAAAAAAGGGCCAACGAUGCCACAAUGCAGCUCGCAAGGAUUUCCGAUGUACAGAACACGGCCAAGACUGAUGCCAAGCCGGGGAACGAUGACCCCGCCUCAACUGGGCCUGUACAGUACACGACAAGAGCAGGACCGCAGCUCUCCAUUGGAAAGCAGGAGGCCUUUGAGAGCUUUGUCGCUGACCAUGAGGACCAUCACGUCAUUGAAGACAACAAGAGUCUGCUCAAACAAAGGUCAGCAGAAGCCAAAAAACUUGGGGAGCAACUUCAUGAGGCCAAACAAAAAAUCAAUGAAUUCAAGAAGCAGUUGGAAGUGCGUCGAAGACAGAGAGCCGCUUACGGUGUGAUUGGAAAUCACAAAGACGUUGGUGUGGAGGUGGAUCCAGUAGAGGAAAACCUGCGGGAACACAUUGAGCAAGAAAAAAAGAUUUACAAGAGCACAGCUUGCCACUUGAAAGCAUUGAGAACAGAGAUCGAACACCUGCAACUGUUGUUGGAGAGGGCCAAGGUCAAACUCCACAAGGACUUCCAGAAGUGGUGGAACGAGGAAGCUUCCAAUGUGCAGGAGUCGAAAGACGAAGCCAGAGGUCACACAAAAAUCCCGCAUGGAGCCUCACCCUCAUCCUCACCUGGCACUCCAGACUUUGAAACCCUCCUUCCCAAGCCAGCAUGGUCCAAUACGCUGCAAGAGGAACCAGCGGCUGACUUCAGUUCUUCACCAGAGUGGAAGGCCCUUUCCAAGUCUUCUCUCUCCCCAUCUUCUAUCCCCCGGACUGGAGACAAGCAAACUGAUGCAGACAUCCUGGCCUUCAUCAGAGCCCGGCAAAACCUCCUCAACAGGGCAGGCUCUCUUCAGAACUGACCUCAAGUGGUUUGGGAGGAAACCCCAUGAGACCUCAAAUUGUCAUAAAGGAAUAUAGGAACGCAUCACUACACUCAUCUUGCGCGUGUCACUACCAGCACACUUAAUGAACAGCGGCAGAAUAUAAAUAAAAGCCCUCGUCAUCCAUUUGAUAUGAGCAAAUGUUGUUUUAAGAUAUGAGAGGGGAGACAACAAGAGGAAACCAGCUGACUUGAGUACGUCAUGACUUGUAACAUCUUGAGUGUCAAUAUGUGGCUGUAAAUAUAAGUAGCUGCCAAAAGAAGCAAAGUAUUAAAGUAUUUUUUUUUUAUCCUUGCCAAGUUAAAACUCUUGUUAGGUCUUUUAUGAUUGUGAAUCUUGUAUAAAUAAUCAUCAUAACCAAUGUGACAGGGUGUUUAACAAACUGUAAACAGUUGGACUGCCUCCUUCAUAAUAGUCGGCAUAAAAGUUCUCUGAGCCGACUGACAGGUAUGAACAAGACCCGGUUGUGCUAUUUAUCCUUUGACUUGACUCCAUGAAUGCAAAGUCCAUCCCACAGAUUCAUCCCAUCCGGUUGCCUGAAAGCUCCUGACUGAUUCAUUGCCUCCCUCUGUCAGCAUCUGCGGCUCAUCAAAAUCAAGGCAAGACCGCCCCCUCACCCCCAAACAGAGAACAACCAAGUGGGAGCACUUUGUUUGGAUGCCUUUGCAUUGAUUUGUUUGACAGAUGAAGCAGCUGCACAAUUUGCAUCAGGGUGUCAGAGUUGCCUCCAAGAAAGACCGAGUCUUCUUCAAGUCAUGACGUGUGUUUUUUCAACUAAAGACUCGCAUUUAUUCAUAGCUGAUUUGUUUGAUGCAUUUUAAAGAAAUCCAUCUUGAAGCAUCUUUCAACUCAUCCUUUUAUGGCUUGCGGUUGAGUACCGCUCAGUCCAAAAU